AUGCCAAAGAUGAAAGGUGAAUCUUCAACCACAUCUCCAGUUCUGUUCUUAAACACCAAAGGUGAACCAAUCCGCUUUUAUGUACGACCAGGGCCUACCAAAGUUCAGCUCCAGCCGCUGAUAACAAAUGGUGGCGGUGUGUUAUGUCGGACUCAGGAGCCCAGUGCUAUCCUACUGGCAGAUCCAGGAGAUGUGAGAGGUGGCAUGGAAAGUGCUGGACACUUUUACAUUUCCACUCAGUACAUCCAUGACUGUGUGAUGAAGAAGCAGCAGUUAGACAUGGAAAAGUACAGAUUCAACAAUGUGCAGUCUGUACAGACAAGAGCAAGGCAGAAUAAGAGCAGGACCAGCGGGCGCUUGGGUUAUUCGGAGGAAGAUGAUGCAGCAAUUCUGAGCUUCAUGGUCAAACACAAGCAUGAGGCAAGGGGCAAUCGGGUGUGGCAACAGAUGGAGCGACAGAAGAUCACCAAUCAUAGUUGGCAGUCUAUGAAGGACAGAUACCUAAAGCACCUUCAGCAGAAAGUGCCAGCGAAAACUCCAGAAAAAAAAAAUGAUUCAAGGCAAAAACGAAAAGUUCUCCCAUUGAAAAACAGUCCAUCGUCAGUGGAAGAAAUCUCACAACCUCCACCAGAGUCUGACACUGCACAGAUCUUGCCAGGGAAAGAGGCGACAAAUCAGUCUUCUGACUCAGACCUUACACAAAUAACUGCAAAUAAUGGAGAUGUUCAGUGUCUGUCUGAAAGUGGAGAUCUGCAACAGAACUCCAGUGAAGUUACUCAGCAAGAGCCUUGUGCUGAGAGACAAGACCAUGAUGCACCGUCUGAGGAAACUCAACCCCAGCUCCAACCAGAUACUGAACAGGCAGAAACAUCCUCCAAAAGAGCCAGAUUAGAAAGUGAUGUGACUGCAGAGGACACGCCGACUGGAUCCAGUGGGCAAGUAGUUUCUCCCAGUCCAACUGAGGUACAGCAUGGCAAAACAUCUACUCCAGUAAAAAGGAAACUUGGCAUUCUUGAGAGAGCUGCCAGAGAAUUUGAGGAUUCCCAAGACUAUUCCCAAGAGGAGGAUGAUGACUGUCACCAAGACCAGACUUUCAGCAACACACCAAUUCUCGAUCCCUCUGAAAUAGUUGAGGCUGCUGCACAUGAACUGGAAGUACAGGAAGGUGAAGGCAAUUCAGAGCCUCAUUGUAGCAACAUACAACACAAUGGUCCACAGCUCCAGUGUGACGGUCACGACAAGGGAGCCGAAGAAGAUGCCCCAGUGCCUGGUAACACUGCUGUCUCAGCAGUGUCCAAUGCUCACAUGUUCCUCUUUGAAUCUGAAACACAAGAGGAGGACUUCAGCCAGUCUCAACAGACCGAUCCUCAGUCACAGGACUUGGUAAAGGCAGAGCAGCACAUUCUGAAUUUAAUGAGGGAAACUAAGAAGAGUUUGGUUGAGGUAACGAAAGCCCUACUGAAAACCAGUGGGGAUGUUUCUCUUGCGCUUGGUUACCUCCUGGAGGGAUGUGACCGUGUGACUGAUGGGCCGCUCUGGACUCGGCAGGAUGAUCAAAUCCUUCUUUCAGCUGAUCGCUCUGAGCCUCUCCUUCUUGAGAAAUAUGGGGAGGAGAGAGUCACCAAGCGGAUUGCUUUCCUGCAAGCUAAUUGAUACUUUAUGUUAUUUUUAGCAGAAUGGAAAUGAAAUUAAAUGUAAA